AUGGAUCUCUUAUCUAACGUUAUGGGAAAAGUCGCAGGAUUUUUGUUCCAGCCAGUUAGGCAAGAAAUUGGGUAUUUGUCUUACCACGACGACAAUGUCAAAUCUCUGAAAACUGAAUCUCAGAGGCCGAAGCAUAUCAUAAGUGGGUUGAAGCGAAGAGAAGAGGCUGAAAAGAGAAACUUACAUGCCAUUUCACCCUGCUCACGUUGCUUGUGGAGCAAGAGAUCUAAGGAAAUUUCACUGGAUGUGAUUGAACUUCAAACUGAAGGCAAAGAUUAUGAUAAAUUCUCCGAUCCCGAACCAUCUGCAGUUGAAAUUGAAGCUAUACCUAGUGAUAGUGGUGAGGAGUUUGACUCCAGAAAAUUGAAAGAGGAAGAGGGUGAGAUCGCAAGAGAAGUCGGGCUGACAUUAGAAGGGGACAAUCUGUUGAAUCGUGGAGAUCGGCUGCGUUCAAGGUUAACGGCUGAGGAGAGUGUCCUUGUAAUAUUGGAUGAUGUUUGGGAGACACUUGAUCUAAAGAAACUUGGGAUUCCCAGUGGUAGCAACCACAACCAUCGCUAUGGAGGGUCGAAAGAACAUGGAAGUUGGAACCUUAUCGAAGAAGAGGCAUGGAUCCUUUUUAGGCAGAUAGCAGGUAAUUCAGUUAAUGCUCCUUCUCUUCAUCGCACAGCAAAAUAUGCUGCCAUUGAAUGCAAGGGGCUGCCGCUUGCAAUUAUUACAGUUGCAGGAACUCUAAAGCAUAAAAGCAAGUCUUCAUGGGAGGAUGCCCUUGUACAAUUACAAAGAUCAGCACCAAAAAAUAUCCCAGGAGUGAUUAAAAAUGUGUAUCAAUCUCUCAGGCUAAGCUAUGAUUACUUCAAAAGUGAUGAAAUCAGGUACCGUUUUUUGUUUUGUUCCUUGUUCGAGGAAGAUAGUGAUAUUUGGCAUGAACAAUUACUUAGAUAUGGAAUUGGGCUUAGCAUCUUUUCAGAAACUGAAAAUUUAGAAGAAUCAAGAAAGAGGGUGUCUCAUCUGUUAGAAACAUUGAGAGAUCGUUUCUUGUUAUUCCAAGGUUCAGACGAAAAUCAUGUCAAAAUUCGUGAUGUGAUUCGUGACGUGGUUAUAUAUAUUGCGUCUGAGGGCAAGCAUAUCUUUAUGUUAAGUCACGAUGUGAACUCGGAAGCGUUCCCAAGAAGAACUUCUUACGAGCCAUACAGUCACCUGUUAAUUGUUGCAGAAAAAUUUGAUGAGCUUCCUAAACCGAUAGUUUCCCCAGGACUUGAGUUUCUAAUAAUAAAACCCUCUCAAAAGCCAAAUUGCCGGAUGAUUUCUUUGUUGGAAUGA